AAUAGACCCAGAUGUGAAAAUGAAGUAUGACGUGGUAGGCGAGAUGGGCAAGGAGGCAUCAUUCGAACUGUUCAUCAUCGCCAAUCCGACUCCGGACACAACCGGUUACAACUGGUCCAAAGAUGGCGACAUCCUGUUGAACUCAUCGGGAAAAUAUGAAAUUAUUUCUGGGCCCAGGUCGAGCAAGUUGAUAAUCAGAAACGUCAAAUCCUCCGAUUAUGCGAACUACACAUGUUCUGUGAAAACGAAUGGAUUUCAAGUGAAGGUCUUCAAGUUUAGGCUUAUCAAAGCAGUUGUUGUUGGUGUUGGCGGUCUGGUUGGAGUCGGAGUUGGAGCUGCAGUCAUUGUAGCGAUAGCCAGCGUCGGUUUGGCAGUUUUUCUACGGAAACGUGCACUGAUACGUCAGAGAAAGAGGCAGAGUAAACAACCCGCAAAUGACACUGCAGAUUACGAUGAUACGAGGGUUGUAUUCACAACACCCGGAGAUAUUUCUGUAUAUGACGAUAUCGGAGGUGAUGAGUACGAAAGUUCUGCUUCUCACCCCGAAAGCGCGGCCGGCCAAAACCCCGCAGAGCCCAGGAUUACGGGGCACCACGUUCCAGAACAUGGAGUCCUUGGGGAUGUGCCUGCGACCUCAGAUGAGGACGAGGCUGCUUACGACUAUGUGCAAAAUUACACCUUGAAGCUACAUGAAUGUGUUUUAGGUCAGAACACGAUUCCUGCUCCUAAGGUGAAUUGGGCGGAUCCUGAGUAUACCGUCCAGUACGAACUCAUGCAAAGGAGGCCAGAGUCAAUAUACACAUAUAACGACUUACCAAUCCUCUCACAGGGACCGCCAGACCGAAGCAAGGCCAAGUGUGAUUCGAGACAAGUCGAUGGAGCCGAAAAUUUGACUCCAACUCGCUCGAGUGACAAUGCGUCUCACGUUAAAGAGUCACCAUAUGCACAUCUAGAGCCAAUGGAAACGAUACAGUAUUUAGAUUUCAGUCAGCUGAGUCCGGAACAAUUGAUCGAGGUCGAUUUAUAAUUUUAAAGGAGGAACAUGGCCGUGUUCGUUCGUGGUUGUGAUGGCUGUGGUAUUGAAACGACCAGGGUUUUUGUUCAUCAAGAUCAUCUUCGUUUCUAAUGACAACACUACCCCUGACUUCCCCAGGUUUUUAUGUAUGAUCCAGUAGUUUUGUGUGUGAUGAUCAUGCCUGAAAGUAUAGUUUUCAUUCAACUUGUUAUGCUAACAUUGUGAGAACCAUCUUUGUUUACACAUUUUAGAUAUCAAUUGGUUCUGACCAUUUGGAGCGUUUUGAUUGGUUGAAAGUUUGCUACUCCAAUUGUAAUUUCCUGGAAGUUCUCACUCAUGUUUUUGGGAGUAAAGAUGAAUUCAGCACAUAAUAGAUAGAUUAUGUUAUUAAAAGCCAGGUACCUUGGGUAAUAUCAAUUGUAGGAUGU